AUGAAGCGGAGGAUGGUGUGCCUCGUCCACGACGUGCACGUCGUGCAGCGGAUGGUGCAGAAAACGAGGAGAAUAGCAAAGUUCUUCGACGUCGAAAGAGAGACACUUUCUGGAUUCUCACGCCAGGACACAACGAAGCAAAUUGAAGAUGGUAAACAUGAUUUAGUUGUGGAAUUCAGUACAAGGGGGGACCCCAACUACCACCUAACAUCACUCCUUCCUACCUCCAACCACCCACCUAACACAACCUUCCUUCCACCUACCAUAACCACCACCACUACCAUAAAAGGGGAUAUUACCUGUGGCAAGAUUGACCUGCAGAACCGCUUAAAGGAAGUAAUAGAGAAGUGGCAUGGACACAAAAAAAAUUCACAAAAAGACUGGGGUCAAGUGUGGGAAGAAAUCCUGCAAAUGGUCGAGCCACUCUCUAACGACAUAUCUAAAUAUAAAUCAAGUAUGGAAUCCCAUUGUAAUGGUCCUAAGAAAAAAGGGACCAUAUGGACAGAAGCAGAUAGCAAUGCUUGUAUGCUCAUCACUGCAGGAUUAAAGCAUAUCUACGAAAUUAAAGAGGAUUCAAGUCCUGGUAAUCCAGGUGGAGAUGGUAAGAAGAAUAAUAGAACCUUCAAGGCCACUGCGGCAUGUAUCAUAUUAAAUGAACUCAUUAAUAAAUUACAAGAAAAGGCUAAUUCCUGUACCCAGAAGGUAAGCAUAAAGGAAGGCAUAAGUAAAGCAUUCAGUGUCAGCGCACAAAUUAAGGAAACAACUCCAUGCAAGAGUGAUAAGGAUUGUUUUGAGUGCAAACAGUUGGAUUAUUCAAACUGUAAAAUGGGCAAUGAAAAAGUGAGAGAGAAGUUAAAGGACAAAAUAGAUAGCGACGCAGAAAUAAAGAAAGCAUUGGAAGACAUAUAUCCACCUUCCAACCCCUCAUCCACCUCCUCCUCUGGAACAGCCACUAUUACUGAAUGGUUCACAGUAUUUUCUAACAAGGUAACAGGAGAAGAGCAAGAGCAGUAUGAGGAACUCGGACCCCUGUUAGCUUUAUGCAAACCUGAUGAAGAUCCUGUCCCUAAGGACGGAGUAGACCUGAAGAAAUAUGGACCAUUUUGUGAAAUUAUGAUGAAAAAUAUAAUAUUGACGACAGGCGUUCCAAAGCAAUAUAAAAACGAAAAGGGAAAAACACCAUGUGAGAAGAAAGUGAAAAAUAUUCCCUUAUGUGAUUUAUUAAAAGUAUGGAUGUGGUAUAUGCAUUGGUUCUGUGUUCCAAAGGAGGUCAUAGAACAUGUCAUUAGGGGUGUGAAAGAAGUAAGGACGGAAUUUAUUAAGAAAGGUGUGAACUAUAUGGAAUGUGCUUAUGAUGCUGCAUUUAAGAUUCCUUACGGAGGCAAAAGGGAUAAGUCAGAUGAAUUGUACGACCUAUUUGAAACAAGUACGUUGUAUCAUAAAAUAGAAGCAGAUACUAAUCAAACUUGGUGCGAAAACAAUAAAUGGGGAUAUCGGAUCCGUGCGCCAGCAGGUCGAAGUUCUACGCGGGCUGAGGCAGAAACACCUGAUCAAGGGGUUUCCCCUGGUGACAACUCAAAUAAAUUCAAUGUAAUGGUUAAGAAACUUGAGGAAGUUUUAAUACAGGAGGAAACGGCAGCAACCCCAAAGAAAGCAGCAAAGUCACCCUCCCCAGAUGGUGUCUGCAAAGAUAAACCUAACUUAUGUAUACGCGCAAAAUGUGUAACAGAUAAAUGGUUUACCAUAAGAUAUCGACAGAAUAAAACGAAUGAGGAUUGGAAAGCUUUCUGGGGGAAGGAUGAUCUUGGGAAUAUAUUGAAAGACCUGUCCACUUCUAUGACGAAUGGGAAUGGGGAAGACGAAAAAGAAUGUAGAAGCAUUGAAGAAAAAGGUGGUACAUCGAAUGGAGCAAAUAAGAGGGCAUGUAAUUACAUUGUUAAAGGUUUAAAAUAUAUGUACGGUAUUGACUUGUCUCAUGAACCGGGAAGUGAGGAUCACCCUUAUCUGAACCAAGAAUUUCAACAAACCAUGGCAUGUCUUUUAUUAAAUGCAUUCGCAAAACAAAUGGACGAUAAGUGUCCUAACACGAAGGACAGCAUAAAAAAGGCCUUCGGAUUCAUGAAACAAAUUAAAGAUGAAAAAUGCGAGAAAACCUACCCAUGUGUUGAUUGCAAAUGGGAAGAAGAAAACUAUAAAACUUGCAUGGUAGGAGAACAGCAAUUGGGGUCCAAGUUGAAAGAACUAUUCGACAACAAUAGCAAAAAAGAUGAAAUAGAUCAAACUCUAACUAAUAUAAGUAAUCUAUGUAACCAACCACCUGCUGCUCCACCAGGCAGUAAAGGUAGAAGGGACGAAACAGCGGAGGAACAUGUUCCUCAACACCUUCCACCACCACCACCCCCACCAGAUGUUGAAGAAAGUGAGGAUGGGGAAGGAUCUCCCUCCUCCUCCACUGACGGAGAAGCCCCUUCCUCCCAUGCUGAAGAAAAAAAACCACCAGUACCUAUACCAGAAAAACCACAACCAACAGCACCUGCACCACCACUCUCACCUAGCGAUGGUACAAAAACUAAAAGUGGUCAAAGAAAGGUUGUCCCUGACAUUCCUACUGCUUCCAAACUUACUCACAAGCUUAACCCUUCCAACCUUCAUCCUUACCUCCCUCUUGCUCCUGCCAUGCUAGGCAUUUCUAUCAUGAGCUACUUACUCUGGAAGUACUUUGGAAUGCUUGGUAAGAGAAGAAAACGUUACAGGAGAGCUUAUCAAGUACGUGGUCCAUCCUUAGAACAGCAGAUUGUUGACCAUGUGGACGACCAGGCAGAUGGUCCACAUGCAUAUACUUUAGUAAAGGAACAAAAACCGAGAUCAACACGAAAAAAAAGAAGGAAAAAACGUUCUGGUCGCCGCAUGAUUAUUGAUAUUCAUUUAGAAGUCUUAAACGAAUGUCAAAAAGGGGACCUGCAUUCGACGAAAGAAGACUUUUUUGAAAUUUUGGUUCAAGAAUUCAUUGGAAGUGAAUUUAUAAAGGAGGAAGACUUUGUUCCAAAGGAAGGUGUUCCUAGGGAAUGUGAUACUAAGGAACAGGUUCUAAGUUCAGAUUCCGAGUUUUAG